UUAGGAAAGCGAGGAAAUCAAAUACAACCAUUGUGUUAAAUGUCAAACUCUGACAGGAACCCAUGAAACCCACCAUGAACCCACCGGCCAAAAUUAUCAAAAAUCAAUAAAUAUGUAAAUAUGGUUCUGAAGUGAAUAAAAUGAAAAAGAAUGAAUUAAAGGUGAAAUAAUAGUUGAAACAAAAAUGUCAACCAAUUGUCUAAUGGUGCGCAAGAAAGCUUAUAAAAAACAGGUGGUUUUGGCCGAUGUAAACAUUCCAUACAAGUUUUCGAUAGACAGAAAUAGAAAUAAACUAUUUUUUUGUAUUAAUGCCGAUGAGUUUUCAGACCAAAGUUUCCACAAUGUUAUUCUCGAUCUGAAUACAGCAUCUGUUGAAGUCGUACCGAAUAUAAGGAACGGGUUCGCUAGUGCUGUUGACCAAAAUACUGGUUCUGUUUACCUCGGCGGAAGUGACGGAAUAUAUAAAUACAGUUAUCAAACGCACGAUAUAGAAAAGCCAGCGCUUGUAAGAGGAGUCGACAUAUUCGAUAUGCAUUUCAAAGAUGACUUAUAUUUUGUAGAUACAACUAAUCUUGACUUGCAUGUCUUGAGAAAUAACCAACAAUCUAUCGUACCGUCUGUUGAGGAAUAUGGAAUACAUCAUUGUGCAAUAGAUGGAAAUGACAAUUUGAUUCUUGCAAAUCCCACUGGACUCUUUUUGAUGCCAAAAGGAGCGAAGUCUCCUAUAAGAUUAAGUGGUAAUGAUAAUAUUGAAAACAUACGGGGCAUCACGACAGACGUUCACGGAGAACCUUAUUUAAUUGCACAAAACGGAAUUUAUUCAAUAGAUCACGUAAAUAAACAAGUUGAAAUGAUAUUGCCUUUGGAAAAUGGAUACGCUUUAGCUUUUGAUAAAGACAAUAAUAUUAUCUUUAGCGAUGAGCGAUCUGUUGUAAAAUUGAUACAGUAUUAAUUUUAUUUGGCGACGCUUUAGGUCCUACAUAAUAAUUCAAUA